AUGUCUUGGAAAAUGCUUGUGAACCUAACUGUUAUAAUAAUGCUCCUAUGGCAAUACCCUCUUCCUUGCCUAACAGAAACAAAUCACCAAUGUCUCCUUUCAUCUUGCGGCGAUAUACGAAACAUCACCUACCCUUUUCGUCUACAAGGCGAACCCGAAAACUGUGGUGAUCCAAACUAUGAAAUUUCCUGUGAGAACAAUCAAACAAUACUAAAUCUAGACAAUGGAAAAUACUUUGUAGAAGCCAUCAACUACAAUAAUUCCACAAUAAGGAUAACAGAUUCAGGCUCGGUUGUUUCUCCUAUUUACAUGGAUACUUCAUCUUGUAUGAAAGGACUGAUCAACUCUUCCAACUAUGCUGUUUUUGGUGACUUGAAAAUCUCUGAGCUGGAAGAUUCAUGCAGCAUACUUGUUAUGGUCAUGCUUUCAAAUUUGCACAAACAUGAUAACAAUGAUAACAACCUUUCAUAUGUGAAAAUCCAUCAGCAACUUGUUUAUGGUUUGGAGCUUUCUUGGAGUGAGAUAUUCUGCAAAGAAUGUCAAGGUAGGGGAUACUGUAAAUUGAACAACAAAAAUGAGGUCAUUGGUUGUUCAAGAGGUAGACCUUGUAGUCGUAACGAUAUAUCCUCUUUUAAAUGUGCUUUAAAAGUGAUAAUCCAUGCAGCCAAAGAUGUUGUGACCGAAGGUCCUCAUGAAAUAGGCGGUAUCAUCGGAAUAAUUCUUGUUAUAAGAAUCAUAGGAGGAAUACUAUUUAUUCCAAUGUACAUGAUAUAUAAAUGGAGAAGGAGGCAUUUAUCCGCGUACGACUCGGUUGAGGAAUUUCUCAAAACUCACAACAAUCUCAUGCCAAUAAGAUACUCUUACUCAGACAUUAAGAAAAUGACAAAAGGAUUCAAGGAUAAACUCGGUGAAGGUGGCUAUGGUUCUGUUUACAAAGGACAGCUUCGCAAUGGUCACCUGGUAGCAAUCAAGAUGCUAGGAGGAAAAUCGAGAGCAAAUGGACAAGAGUUCAUCAAUGAAGUUGCUACCAUUGGAACAAUCCACCAUGUUAAUGUAGUUCACCUAAUUGGUUUUUGUGUUGAAAAAUCAAAAAGAGCACUUGUUUAUGAGUUCAUGCCGAAUGGUUCUCUUGAAAAACACAUUUUUUCGAGAGAACGAAUGGGUUCUUUGAGUUGUGAGAAAAUGUUUGAUAUAGCGCUUGGUGUAGCGCGUGGAAUUGAAUAUCUACAUAGAGGUUGUGACAUGAGGAUUUUACAUUUUGAUAUAAAGCCUCAUAACAUUCUUCUUGAUACGAAUUUUACCCCAAAGGUUUCGGAUUUUGGACUAGCAAAGCUAUAUCCAAUUGACAAUAGCAUUGUGUCGCUUACCGCAGCAAGAGGAACAAUGGGAUACAUGGCGCCAGAGUUGUUCUAUAAGAACAUUGGAGGAGUGUCAUAUAAAGCAGAUGUUUAUAGCUUUGGAAUGUUGUUAAUGGAAAUGGUGAGUAGGAGAAAGAACAUGAACGAGGGUGAAGAUCGUAAGAGUCAGGUUUAUUUCCCAUCUUGGAUUUACGACCAAUUUAGCGAAGGGAAUGAAAUAGAAAUGGGGAAUGGUACAGAAGAGGAGGAGAGGAUAUCAAAGAAGAUGAUAAUAGUUGCGUUAUGGUGUAUACAAAUGAAACCUAGUGAUCGUCCUUCGAUGAACAAAGUAGUCGAGUUGCUAGAAGGAGAUGCCGAGGCCUUAGAAAUGCCUCCUAAGCCAUUUCAAACUCCGAAAGGAAUGCCUGGACAAGGCAUUGGACAAUUCAGAAAUCUACCUUGGUUACUACCUGGGGAAUCUACAAAUUCACUUACCAUUGUUAUCAAUAGACGUUGA